GCGCAGACUCUGCACCGAGCCCGUCUCGUGUCAGAUGUGGAACUUAGACAGAGUUUAUGAUCAUAAUUCAUAAUAAUCAACCAUGAAGAGCAGGUUUAAUACGGUGGAUAUUAGGGCAGCGAUUGCAGAAAUCAAUGCAAACUGCGUCGGGAUGAGAGUCAACAACAUCUAUGACAUCGACACUAAAACAUACCUGAUCAAGCUGCAGAAGCCCGACUGUAAAUCAGUUUUCUUGAUCGAGUCUGGGAUCAGGAUCCACUGCACUGAGUUUGAUUGGCCCAAGAACAUCAUGCCCUCUGGAUUCGCCAUGAAAUGUCGUAAACACCUGAAGUCCCGGCGUCUGGUUCAUGUGAAGCAGCUGGGUGUGGACAGAAUCGUGGACAUUCAGUUCGGAUCAGACGAGGCGGCCUAUCACCUGAUCCUGGAGCUGUACGACCGAGGGAACAUCAUCCUGACAGACCAUCAGUUUAUGAUCCUCAAUCUUUUGCGCUUCCGCACGGCUGAGGCCGAGGAUGUGAAGAUCGCUGUGAGAGAGCGCUAUCCGGUGGAGAACGCCCGGCCGCAGGAGCCCCUCGUCAGUCUGGACAGACUCACAGAGAUCUUGACUGAAGCUAAGAGCGGAGAGCAAGUGAAGCGGGUUCUGAAUCCUCAUCUGCCGUGCGGCGGUCCGCUCAUCGAACACUGUCUGGCUGCGGUCGGGUUGCCAGGUCUCUGUAAAGUGGACGGUCAGUCUGACUGGACGCAGGUGAGUCCGAGGAUCCUGGAGGCCUUGCAGAUGGCUGAAGAUUAUAUGGAGAAAACGGCCACCUUCAGCGGAAAGGGCUUCAUCAUUCAGAAGAGAGAGAAGAAGCCCAGCAUGAGUCCGGAUGAAGCCGAGGAAGAGCUGCUGACAUAUGAAGAAUUUCAUCCGUUUCUCUUUUGUCAGCAUGAAAAAAGCAGCUAUGUUGAGUUUGAGUCUUUUAACAAGGCGGUCGAUGAGUUCUUCUCCAAGAUGGAGAGUCAGAAGCUGGACGUGAAAGCGCUGCAGCAGGAGAAGCACGCUCUGAAGAAGCUGGAGAACGUCAGGCGAGAUCACGAGCAGCGUCUGGAGGCGCUCCAUCAGGCCCAGGAGGUGGACCGGCUGAAGGGAGAGCUGGUGGAGAUGAACCUUCACGUGGUGGACCGAGCUCUUCAGGUGGUGCGCAGCGCUCUGGCCAAUCAGGUGGACUGGGCCGAGAUCGGUCAGAUCGUGAAGGAAGCUCAGGCGGCUGGAGAUCCUGUGGCCUGCGCCAUUAAAGAGCUGAAGCUGCAGAGCAAUCACAUCACCAUGCUGCUAAAGAACCCGUACGCCGCUCCAGACGACGGAGAGGCCGAAGACAUGGACAGGAGGCCUGCGGAGGCUUCGGAAACACAGAAGGGGAAGAAGGGGAAGAACAAAGAUAAAGGACAGAAAGGCAAAGUGGAGAAGGACAAGCCGGUUCUGGUGGACGUGGAUCUGAACCUCUCCGCUUACGCCAAUGCGAAGAAGUAUUACGACAGCAAGAGAAGCGCCGCCAAGAAAGAGCAGAAGACUGUGGAAGCGGCGCAGAAGGCCUUCAAGUCUGCAGAGAAAAAGACCAAACAAACACUUAAAGAAGUGCAGACAGUGACCAGCAUCCAGAAGGCCAGGAAGGUGUACUGGUUUGAGAAGUUUCUGUGGUUCGUCAGCUCAGAGAACUAUCUGAUCAUCGCGGGCCGAGACCAGCAGCAGAACGAGAUGAUCGUGAAGCGCUAUCUGAGAGCAGGGGACGUGUACGUUCACGCUGAUCUGCAUGGAGCCACGAGCUGCGUGAUCAAGAACUUGUCCGGUGAGGUGGUUCCUCCGAGGACGCUGACCGAGGCUGGGACGAUGGCGGUGUGUUACAGUGCAGCAUGGGAUGCUAAAGUGGUGACCAGUGCGUGGUGGGUUCACCAUCAUCAGGUGUCCAAAACCGCUCCUACGGGAGAGUACCUGACCACCGGCAGCUUCAUGAUCAGAGGGAAGAAAAACUUUCUGCCCCCUUCAUAUCUGAUCAUGGGCUUUGGGUUUCUGUUCAAGGUGGAUGAUCAGAGUGUUUUCAGACAUCGUGGAGAGAGGAAGAUGAAGAUGCUGGAUGAGGAAGAGGAGAGUGUGAUCUCCAGCACUGCAGAUCUCCUGGAGGAAGGAGAAGAACUCUUAGAGGAGGACAGCGAGAGCGAGGAUGAGGCUGAAGAACAGCAGGAGUCCAGCAGAUCUCCAGAGCAGACUACUGUCAGAGACCAGGAGGAAGAGGAAGAGGAAGAUGAGAGCGCCGAGAUCUGCUUUCCAGACACCAGCAUCUCUCUGACACACCUGCAGCUCAACAGGACUCUUCAGAGCGACGCUCUCACGUCAGACGAGCCCCAGCAGGUCGACUCUGAAGCACACGCCAAGAAGCACCUGACGGCCAGAGAGCGGAGGAACAUGAAGAAGAAGCAGAAACCAGAGGACACGGACGAUCCGGAGGAAUCCGACUCUAAACCGCUGGACGCUUUGAGUAAGAACGGAUCGGUCAAUCAGCCGCUGAAGAGAGGACAGAAGAACAAACUGAAGAAGAUAAAGGACAAAUACAAAGAUCAGGAUGAAGAGGACCGAGAGCUGAUGAUGAAGUUAUUGGGGUCUGCAGGAUCCAAUAAAGAGGAAAAAGGAAAGAAGGGCAAGAAGGGAAAAACAAAAGAAGAACCACUAAAGAAACCUCAGCCUCCUCAGAAAGGAGCCAUGAAGCCCAAAGCUGAAAACACUGUCCGAAAGAACGAAGGUCCUGAAGAUGCUGAGGAUCCUCCCGGAGGAGACCAAGACGUGAAGGAGACGGAGGAGCUGGACAAUCCUGCAGCUGAGGAUAGUGAGAACAUUCUGGACUCGUUGACCGGUCUGCCUCAUCCGGACGACGUUCUGAUGUUUGCGGUGCCGGUUUGUGCUCCUUACAUGGCGCUCUCUAACUACAAGUACAAAGUGAAAUUAACUCCAGGGACCCAGAAGAAGGGGAAAGCGGCCCGCACCGCCGUCAUGAGCUUCCUGCGAGGGAAAGACGCCAGCGCUCGAGAGAAGGACCUCUUCAGGAGCGUGAAGGACACAGAUCUGUCCAGAAACAUGCCGGGGAAAGUCAAAGUCUCUGCACCAAACCUGUUAGCAGCAAAGAAGAAGUGAAUCUCUGAAGGACUUCUGCCCAGAGACACAUCCCAUCAUGCUUUUAAUUGCUUUAUGCAACGCUGAAUUUUUAUGUUAUAAAACAGAACAGUUGAACCUUUUUUCCCUGAUCAGCUCAAAUAAAUAAAAAUAACAAGCUAAAUGUGAACCGUCCACCAUUUAUUUUCCAUGUUGGAAAAAAAAUAGUGAUAUGAAAGACACAAUUGUGGCUUUUUAUACAAAACUGCAUCAGGAGAUCAGGAUUAGUUGUGACGGAUCAUGAGAAUUAGUUUAAUCGUCCUGAAGAGACUCAGUAAAUAAGGUUUGUGAAACUGCUAUCACUUCUUUCCCUUUACUGUGUUUUUGUACAGAAAUGUUGAUUGUUUGGUUACAAUUAGGAAACUGUUAGAAAUUGUAACACUGUGGCAAAAAAAAAAGCAUUGAUCGGUGUUUGACGUUUUUAAUGCAGAUGAGCUAUUAAUAAAUCAAGUUGAAAAUGUUUAAAUAAAAUCAGACAUUGUU